AUGCCUCUCGUUCGCAAAAACAAUGAUCGGAAGAGACCAGAACUGCAAUCACAGCAACAACUCCAGCCCAUGACAGAGGGCAGAAUGUCGGCCGCUUCGUCGACGACGUUGAAUGAGAGUUCACCUGCCUAUCUGGAAAAACCUCCUCAUUCAGCGGUGCAUCCUGUCUAUGGUAGCUACAGAGAAAGCAUACCGUUGACGGAAUCCCGACGAGGUGCUCCCGACCUUCAUUCUCGAACACUCUCAGAUUUCAUUGCCGAUGAGAACCUGCAAGACAGUCCUCCUCUGCAGACUCCCAAUGGAAGCUUCCCACCCUUUGCCCCCAGAACCAUCUCUUCCUACUCGGAAUCUGGAGCUAACUCCCCAUAUCCCACGUCAACACCAUUCAGAAGUCAAGAAACGUUAAGACCUCUUGUCCCCGACGCGCCGAGCACGUACCUGAGCAAGGAUUGGGUCAGGGAUGGAUCAAUCGCUCAAUUGCAUUCGAGGGACGACAAGGAAAUCUUGACUGGCUACAAGAGACGAUUAUACUAUUGGUUUGCGCCUUUACUAGCCGCACUUUCUAUGGCACUGUACUGGCUGUACUUCGGUCUGCGCAUCACCUUCGUCGUCUCGGCACAGCAUCACUAUGGCUCGUCUUUCCCCCUGGCCUGGGUCUUCAUUGCGAUCGAGAUUACUGUCGCCGUUCCAAUCCUCAUGCAGACCUUCUGGUCAAUGUUUGUCAUGAAGAAGAGGAAUCGGCCGAAGUUGCGGUUGAUUGGCAACGAUGUGCCCAAAGUCGACGUCUUCAUUACCUGCUGUGGGGAGGACGACGAUCUGAUUCUGGACACUGUUCGUGCCGCUUGUGACCUGGACUACCCUGCCGAUCGGUUUCGAGUCAUUCUCUUGGACGACGGCAAGUCUGAUGUGCUGAAAUCUUCCCUCGAGGAUAUGCGAGAAACCUUCCCCAACGUCUUCUAUAUUCGUCGGCCCAAGUUUCCUGGAGUUCCUCACCACUUCAAAGCUGGGAACCUCAACUAUGGUCUCGAUGCAGUCCACGAUCUGCCUGGCGGUGCUUCCGAGUUCAUGGCUGCUUUGGAUGCGGACAUGAUCCCUGAGCAGCAUUGGUUGCGAGCUCUUAUGCCUCACCUGCUGCUAGACCCCAAGGUUGCCCUUGCAUGUCCGCCUCAGCUCUUCUACAAUGUACCCAAAGAUGAUCCUCUUUGCCAAAGUCUCGACUUCUUCGUCAAUGUUGCGGAACCAGUCAAGGAUGCUUUGGGCGUCGCUUGGUGUACUGGAUCGGGAUACGUUGUUCGCAGAGCUGCUCUCGACCAUAUCGGCGGCUUUCCUUCUGGUUCGUUGGCCGAAGAUGUGGCCACUUCGACGUUGAUGCUCGGCAAAGGCUGGAAGACUGCAUUCGUGCACGAGGCUCUUCAGUUUGGCACUGUUCCCGAGGACUACGGUGGUCAUCUGAAACAACGAACAAGAUGGGCCAUUGGCACCGUCGACACUGCCUUCAAGCUUCGGUUCUGCCUCUGGGGCGACAAGAUCAAAGAGAUGACCUUCGCACAACGAGCCUCGGGUUUCAUCUACGCCUUCCUGAGUUUGUUCAACAUCUUCUUGACACUGUCCAUCUUCGCCAUGCCAAUCGUUUUGAUCACCAACAAACCUCUCGUCGCUUACGCCACGGACGAACAACUUCGAUGGCUGAUUCGGGCUUGUUUCGCCGCCGUGAUGUGCAACCGACUCUGCGAAUUCAUUCUCUUCAUCCCUGCGGGCUAUGCAACGGGCCAGAGGGGUAGUCGAUCACAAAUGUGGAUGAGUCCGUACAUUGCUAUUACAAUCAUACGGUCCUUCCUUCUUCCCAAAUGGCUGGGCGGACAAACUCAAGCCUUCAAAGCAACCGGUUCGCUGAAGUCAUCCCUGAACGAGAGAGACCCCGCACGGCGCGCACCGAUGUACCGACGUGUUUGGACUAUCCUGGUCAACUACCUGGCCUGCUUCCAUGUUGCAUACGUCUACUUUGUCUUGGUGGCCGUCACUAUGUCGACCUACCGUUGCUUCUUGCAGCAUGGGACCCGAGCGAAGCUUGUGUGUCUGCUAACACAUGCCUUCUGGCCACCUCUGACAUGGAUCAUUGCCUGCUCCUCCUUCUGGAUUCCUUUCACAUACGCCGUGGAUCCUCCUUCGAUGCCUGAUCGAGAAGAACUCUUGAUCCGAGACCAGAAGACCGGAGUCGCCCAUCCCAAGCCAGAGGCCAAGAAGAUCGGGUUCCGAAGCCAAAGCGCCCUCUUCGAGCUGGAGUACUCUGUGACCACCGCUUUCACGACGUUGGUCUUCGUGGCGGCCUUCUUUUAUUAA